CACUGUCCCUGAAAGGGAUAACAAUCAUUUCGCAGUAAUCAAACGUCGUAAUAAAUGCCAUAUAGUAAUUAAGUCAAUGGUAUACGUUUGGUCCUUAAAAAUAACAUUUGUCAAAUGACGUAACAUAACCAUUACUGACGAUUCUCCGGGCGGAAGUUGCCGUUCUCUCAACUUCCGCUUUAAUCAGUGCUGCUAGCUUCCCUAACGAGCUGGCAAACUUUGGCACAAUGUCGGCGACGUUGUAAUAUCGAUCGUCGGCGACGUUUCACCAUGUGGAGCGUGUUCCUAUUUGGCUUUCUGGCUCAUUUCUGUUUGAGCGGUGCCUUUAAAUCAAGAAUUGCGGCGGAAGAUAACAGCGAAGCUAACACCGGAAUUGAUGACCUUCAUUCCAUUUUGGCUGAUUUUGAGGUUCUGUCAGUGUCAGACCUCCACUUGCACUCCGUGAGGAAGAGGGACGUGCACUCCCCGUCCCAUUUAGAGCGCCUGGUCAGCUUCAGAGCCUUGCAAAGACCUUUCAAUCUUUACUUGACCACCAAGACUGAUCUUUUCACCGACAACUUCCGAGCUGUGUUUGUGGAUCGACUCGGAAAAGAAGUAAAAUACGACGUUCAGCGUCAGAACUACUUCACGGGGCACGUGGUUGGUGAAGAGAAUUCUCGUGUGCAAGCACACAUUGAUGGUGAUGAGUUCUCAGCUCAUAUUCUAACUGACGAAGCAGAGUACAAUGUAGAGCCGUUAUGGAGGUUCACAGACAGUGUUAGCGACGGCAGGUUGCUGGUGUAUCGUUCGGAAGACAUCAGGAAUCUGAGCCGCAUCGCUUCUCCAAAAGUAUGUGGUGACAUGCACGCCAAGGACUUGCUGCCUGAGUCCAUUGAGACAGUUUGGGAGGAGCCCAACGUGACGGACAAGAUGAACGAUUCUCUCCACAGAGAAAAGCGCCAAGUCCACGACCACAACAAAAACACCUGCCCUCUGUUGCUGGUGGCGGACUACCGCUUCUUUACACACAUGGGCCGUGGACAGGAGAGUAUCACGCUUAAUUACCUGAUCGAGCUGAUCGAUCGAGUCGACGACAUUUAUCGAAACACGACGUGGAAUGACGAAUUCAAAGGCUACGGAGUGCAAAUACAACAGAUGAUCAUCCACAAGGAGCCCACUCAACCUCCAACUGGUCGUGCUGGCACCGGCUGGGUCCACUACAACAUGCAGAACAGCCCAGUGAAAGGAAAGGAGGUUUGGAAUGUCAAGAAGCUUCUGGAGCAAUUCAGCUCGGACAUAGCUGACAACGCAUCUCGAGUGUGUCUGGCCCACCUUUUCACAUACCAGGAUUUUGAUGAGGGUACCCUGGGCCUGGCCUAUGUGGCCCCUUCCAAAGCGCAAGCCCUCGGCGGCCUCUGCCCAAAACCUUAUUAUCCAUCUCAGUAUGCCAAGAAGCCCAGUUACCUCAACACCGGCUUGACCAGCACCAAGAAUUACGGCAAAACGAUUCUCACCAAGGAGGCAGAUUUGGUGACCACACAUGAACUGGGUCAUAACUUCGGAGCCGAACACGAUCCGGAUGACAUUCCGUUUUGUGCGCCCCCUGAUGAACUAGGAGGGAAAUAUGUCAUGUACCCAAUUGCUGUGAGCGGAGACCAUGUCAACAACAAGCGUUUCUCCAUCUGCAGCAAGAACUCCAUCGCAAUGACGCUGCGUCAUAAGGCGCACAUGUGCUUCAAGGAAAAAAACAGCAAGGUGUGCGGCAACUCCCGAGUAGAGAAAGGCGAGGACUGCGAUCCCGGCAUGCUCCACCUCAGCAACGACCUUUGCUGCACGUCGGACUGCAAGUUUAAACCUGGUUCCCAGUGCAGUGACCGAAACAGCCCUUGCUGUAGAAACUGCAAGUUUGAGAGGGCAGGGAAAACGUGCCAAGAGCCUAUCACAGCUACCUGUAAGGGCAUUGCCUCUUGCACAGGCAACAGCAGUGAGUGUCCUCCCCCUGCAAACGCUGCGGACAACACAGUUUGCGUAGACAACGGCCGGUGUCACAACGGAGAGUGCAACCCGUUCUGCGAGGCCGUGCAGAACCUUCAAUCCUGUGCCUGCAAUUCAAUAGAGGAUUCCUGCAAAGUGUGCUGCCGGGGUCCGAAUGGCUCCUGCUCGCCAUUUAAAUUAUCCAAUGGCAACUUCCUUUUCCUACGUAAAGGGAAGCCUUGCACUGUGGGCUUCUGCGAUGGGAAUGGAAAGUGCAUGAAGCAGGUGCAGGACGUCAUUGAACGUCUCUGGGACUUCAUUGACAAACUGGACAUAAACACAUUUGGUAAGUUCCUGGCGGAUAAUAUUGUAGGUUCUGUUGUCGUCUUCUCGCUCCUCUUUUGGAUCCCUCUCAGCAUUCUGGUUCACUGCGUGGACAAAAGACUUGACCAGCAGUACGAGGAGAACACAAUGUCGCUGUGCCGCCCAAUGAAUCAGACGCUUGAGGUUUGUAAUAGAGCGCCAGUCGUAGCAAGAAAUCCUGAACAAUCUGGAGUCGGCGUCAGUGAAGAUCGUCAAGCCUCCGUCUUUCUCCUCCGCCGGCCCGACCGCGCCGUUCGCGCAGCACCCGCUCUCGGCCGUCUCAAAUCUGACGCCCGGCCCGAGCUACGCGCCCACGCCGGACAGCGGCGGCGGGCUCCGGAUGGCCACCAUUCAGGAGGACAACAGCGGCGAAGAGAAGCCGAUCCAGGGCGACGGCUACCCAAUCGCAGGAGCCUGCUCGUCGGUUACGAGAUCCUCCUCCGAGGACGGGAGCGAUCAGAGCCCGUCGGGUCGGGAGAGGCGGCGCCUCAAACGCCAGGAGUGCUUUGACGCCAAAGAGACAGAGUGCUGAGUCCAACCAUUUACUUCAAUUUACAUUCACGUGGAUGCUUUUUUUUGUUUGGUUUUUCAAUGGAAAGCCAUUUGACCAUUUUGUAAUAGCCUCUUCAACUCAAUGGCUGCUAUUCACCGUGUUCGACAACCAAUCACUUUUGACUGAUCCAGUCGAAAUGGAUUGCACGUUUAUGGCAGGUAACGAGUUGAGGCCCGUAUAGACCAAUCCGAGUCGACGUCGCACUCUACACUGCGAAUUUAUUACGUUUUCAUCAGAUUAUUUUUCUUAAAUCUAGUCCAAUAGUUUUUUCCAAUUAGUACGUUAGAUUGUUCCACUUUAAGUAAAUAUUAGUAUUUGUUCUUAAUUAGCCCAUCUAAAAACUGGUAAUUUUUCACUUAAGGCAACACUAGGUAACUUUUUAACCUUACAUUUGUGAUAAUGUCGACUGACAACUAAUGGCGUACCGCACGCAGGCUAUUUUUAGACUGUGACGUCGCAUCGUAAAGCGGAAGUAAAGCCCAAGUAGGACAUUAUAGACCCGCCCUCGCAUAGACCCAACGUAAAAAGUGCUACUUUUCUCCGGUAAUCUUUCAAAAACAAACAUGCCGAUCACGCAUUGCUUUUUUGGAACUUGUAGAAACGACUCUAGACAUUAUGACACAUGAAGGUGUUUUCUUCAUACGUUUCCGAAAACCAAAAACUCGGGAGGAAAAAAUGUGAAGACUGAAUCAACUUGCGCAGACUUUAACACCAGCUCGGCGAAUCCAUUCACGUUUCAUAUGCAGUAAACAUUAUGUUGGGUUGGCAUGGUCUUUCAGAGGACAAAGAGGUAAGCCAUUUUUAUAUUUUUAACUUAUUUUUUUUAGCGUAAUGUUGUGCCAUACUGCUUCUGUCUGACAAUGAAUGACCUGAAAAGAAUUACAAUGGUAUCUGACUGCCACUGUUACCCUCUCUGUUAUACUGGACUGUCUCAGGAAAUUACACAAUAUUCUAAUUUUUUGAGACAGUC